UCACACUGUAAACAUCUAUUUAUCAAACAAGGCGGAAAAAAUGCAACCAGAAACACAGGACACUGAAUAGUUUAUUUUCGUUCAGUUGCUCGCGUCCGUUUAAUUCCGUUCGGUGCCACAGAGAGUGCUAAAUUCGUUGUACAUUCAUACCCUCAAAAAAAGAAACAAGAAGGAAACCAAUUGGAGGAAAACAGGCAGAGAGUGAGCCCAACACACACACGCAAACGCAAAAACAAACACACACACAGACACACAUUCAGGCAGACGCGAUACAGGAGCGAGACAAGCGAAGAAGAAUAGGAAAGAGGAAGUGGGCGUGACAUACGCCAGAGGCUGGGCGUCAGCUUCCCCCCUCCCUCCAGCACCCUUCGCCAGGAUACAACGCGAGGUCAGAGGAAGACAGAGCAGACUCUGUCCCUAACUGACUGCUGCUGCACCAUGUCCAAGGUGCUCAGCCCACAGAAGCGUCGCGUCGGCAUGGCCAUGGGCGUGAGCAUGGCGGCGGGAGGCCUCGACGAGGGCCUGGAAUUCAACGGCAGCAGCUCGAUCAUUGACUUCCUGGCCAAAGAGCAGGACGGCGGCGUUGACGCCGACCCGGAGAGCAUCUUCCAGGAGGUGAGCCGCCUCUCGGACAACACCGACACCCGCUCCGUCGAUGAGCUACUGCAGGAGGCGGAGCGUCUCAUUCAGCAGCAGCUGCGCCUGGGCGGCCUCACCACGGACACAAUUGAAACCAGGCUGAAUGGUGGAGGCGGAGGCGUUGGCGGUGGCGAUUUCAAUGGCCAGGCGAAGGCAAAGACAAAGUCCCAGAACCAAAGCGCCAGCCACACGCCCUCAUCCUCGCCCCAGUCAUCGCCGCACAGCAGCAUCCGUCUGAACACACGCUACACGCACCGCAUUGAGCAUUCGCCACCCAAGCCGGGAUCGGCACUGGCCAGGGCACGUGCACUGCCCGCAGGCGGCCCAAGCCAUGCCAGACACAAGUCAAAGUCAUCACCAGCCCCCACACCGGCCCAGACGCCACACGAGCUGAACGGCGGCGAAGGAUUUGCCGCCUUCGUUGACAAUUUGCCCUCGGAGUCGGUCAUCUCGGAUGAGUCCACGCCCAAGGACAUGCACAACAAUACGGCAGCACAGAACGCUCAGCAGCAAUCGCAGCUGGACAACACGGACGAUGAUGAGGAUACGAUGGAGGAGGCAGCCGAGGUGGAUCCGGAUGCGGCGCCACGGCGCAACUCCACGCCCUCUUCGGCGGCGGCGGCGGUGCCGGCGAGAAUCACCAGCAGCCAGAGCCACACCCACAUUUACAGCCAGCCCAUUCGGCCCAUGGCCAGCUACAGCGAGAAGGCGGUGGGCAGCUCGCCGAAGCACAUGGUCAGCACCCUCACGUCGCCCAUCGAGCAGAUCGCGUGCAGUGUGUCGCGGGAGCACGCCCUCAAGCACGAGAUCGAGCAGCUGCAGGAGCAGCUGAAGGACACCGAGGAGCGCCUGGCAUCGGUGCGCCUCCAGAGCGACUCGCUGUCGCAGACCCAACGCGCGCUCCGCGACCACAACGGGCGCCUGCAGGACGAGUCCGAGAUGCUCAAGCUGGACGUGCAGCACCUGAACGAGUGCGCCGGCGUGCUCAGGUCGGAGCUGCAGGCGGCGCGCCGUGACCGCAGCGAUGCACUGCAGCUGCAGCGUUCGCUGCGUGCGGAGCUGGAGGAGGCGCAGCAGGAGCGUCGGCGGGCGGGCGAGAGCAAGGAGAAGGACGCCCGCGCCAUACAGGAUCUGCAGCGCCAGUGCCGCGAAAUGGAGCGCAUCCUCAUGCGCAAGCAUCCGGAUUCGGUUUCGGCACUGAUAGUUGCCUCCAAGAGUUCGGGCCUUUGCUCGCUGAAUGACCAGGAGAAUGUGACCAGCCGCAAGCUGCUGGAGCAGCGCAUCGCGCAGCUGGAGUCGGACGCCAAGGAGCAGGACCGCAAGGCACAGCAGAUUCUGGCCAAUGUGCAGGCACGCUUCAACUCGGUGCAGUCCAAGUACGAGACGCACAUUGCCGAUCUGGAGACGCAGGUGCUGAGCCUGCAGGAGAUCAACACGAAGCUGAACGAGCAGAUCGAGUCGCAGGUGCGCACCUUGGACCGGUAUAUGCAGAAACGAGCGGACAGGUUCUACAACAAUUGCACUCAGACGGAGCCAGAGGCCGAUGGCCCCGCAACAGGCGCUGCCAGCACGGGGACCACGGGCACCCAAACCCAGGCACAGACCACGAACGGGACCCGUGACCACAGCACCAACACCAUUGGCUGCCCAUCGCCGGCGCUCCUGUGCCAGCAGCAGCCACACCACCACCACCACCACCACCACCUCCUCCUUCAUGCCCAGCAGCAGCAGCCGCAGCAGCACUCGGCCAGCAGCAGCACCAGCAGCACGGCCAACUCCACGCCAAAUACAUCGCGACCCAACUCCAAGCAGAGCGGCGCCAGUUCCACCACCCAGCGCCGGCCUGUGGCUGGCCAACUGCAGAUGCCCGUCUCGAAGCUGCCAAUCUCGCAGUCGGACUCCACGCUGUCCAUGCUGAGUCACAGCCAUGGACCGGGCCCAGGACUGGCCAGCAAGGAGGAGUCGCAGCUGCUCAGCUCCGUGCGCGGCAUGCGCGUGGACUUGGCCAUCAAGAACAAGGCCAUGCAGCGGCUCACGCGGGAGCUGGACGAGUGCAAGAAGACCAUAAGGAAGCUGCAGCGGGAUCGGGAGACCGGCAAUCCAGGCACCAAAUUGGAUGUGAAGUGCCAGGCCAGUGGCAGCGGCGGCGCCGCGGCACAGCGUCGUGCCAGCGGCUACGAUCAUUACCCGGACCACAUUCCGGCCGCCACCGAGAGCCAGGCACUGAAGGAGGCCCAGAACAAGUACCGCCUGCUGGAGGCUGACUACAAGACGCUGCACGACAAGCGCCUGCAGGAUCUGAAGACGCUGCAAAGCGCACACGAGCGGGAGCUGGCCAGCUGCAACGAGACGGUGCGCAUCCUGAAGCAGCGCCUGAACGAGCGGGAGGAGGCGUUUGCCACACAGAAGCGACGCAAGGUGCCCGUCGACUACUAUGCACUCAAGGCCAAGGUGUCGCUGUUGGAGCGCCGGCACUCGGAGCGGGAGGAGCGUUUGCACAUGCUGGUGGAGGCGCUCAGCAAGGGCCGCCUCAAUGGAGCGCUCGAGGAUCUAAUGCAGGAGAACAACAACAAAUAAUCGAACACAACUAGCAGAUAUUUGCGUCGUCCGACAAGCCAGCCAAUUCGUUUCACAGUCCGUCUAAGAAACCAAAAAGAAACCAAAACCAAAGUCUAGCAUUACGUUUUUAAGCAGAGGAACGCCUCGGAACGGCAGAUUGCAGCCGAAAUGAAACUCAACAAUAACAAAUCCCGAACUAAAUUCCAAUUCAACAGAAAUGUCACCAGUUGAACGGCCAGCCAACAGUUUACGUAGAUUUAAGACCAAGCCCAAGGCGGCAGCUGCAGUCCAGAGCUCUGAAAAAUGAACAAAAAUAUUCAUUGUAGAACUGUUCUGGAAGCAGAAUUCGAUUUUAAAUGUCAGUGUUUGAAUGUAGAAAUCUAAUUGUUCAAAGUGCAUCAGAAAGAGAGAGAGAGAGAGAGAGAGAGAGGCACCAAAAAGAGCGGGACAACCGCCAUGAGCAGUGAAGGAAGAUCAGAAGUGAGAGUUACCCCAAGAACCCAAAAUGAUUUGUACAUAAACAAUUGUGCGCCGCAGCGUGCAGCGAUCUUGAAAUUUGAAUAUUAUAUAUUUGAUUUAUUUGUGUAUUUUUUUUGUAUACCUAAUCCCAUUAUUGUGUCUGGCGUUUUGCGUAGAGAACUUUCAAAAAGUUGCAACAGAAAUGAUAAAAAAACAAAGAAAAAGCAAAAGCAAAAGCAAAAGAAAACCCCAUCCACAGGAAAAGUUC